CCGGAUCCCUGCCAGUCGGAGCACUCGCUCAAUUGUGUUCAGUUCGUCCAUUGAGACAGAGACCCUUCGGUUCGAUUUUUUUUUCUGUUGGUUUUCUGUUUGAAAGCGGAGUGAUUCUUUCAAAAUGAGUGGCUCAGGUCCAGGUGGGGCGGCAAACUUGAUGUCCAGCUUGGCCGCCGUCGUCCAGGAGGCCAAGGAUGAGGAGAUUCAGAUGCCCAAGUCGGACGACUUCUUCGAGUCGAAGACCUUCCGCCUCCUCACCCUGAUGCUCUACAUGGGCGGGGUCAGUGGCAUGGGCCUAACCCUGGCGGUCUACUAUCUCUUUAUCUGGGACUCUCGGAUGCCGCCACUGCCCGUCUUCAAGCACACCCAUCCCAUCGGCUAGGAUCCUGUCCACGGAGUCCUCCUUCCCUCCCAGUUCCAGUCACUCACUCACUCACCCCGUGCCAGUGACCAGAUUUAG